CCUGCAGCCAGCUGGAGCCCAGCCCCACACUGAGCUGCCGAAACCCUUAAGCUGGGAGGAAGCUGAGGCUGAGGCUACCUGCUGCCAGCCCCCCAAGGUUGCCAGGCCACUGCACCCACACAGGGCCUGCAGUGCUGCCCACUCCGUUUCCUGAGGGACUGCCCCUCAGGCCAGGCCAGCCCCACUGCUGCCUCUGCCUCCAGCACCUGUCCACCCUACCUGUCCCAUUCCCAGGGCAGGCUGUCAUGGCUCCCAGAAUCGCAGUGCCCAAGGGCAAGUGAAACAUUGGCUUCAGGCACCGUGAGGCCCUGCCCCCCACCCUCACCUCACAGUCCCACUGUGAAGUCAGCACCUUCUGACAGUUCCGUCAGAGGUGGGCAGUGGCCAGGGCUGGACAUGGCCCCCAGUCUCUGGCCUCGGUCCUGCCUGCGUGGCAGUGCCCUGGGCCUCACAUGCUUCUCCGUUCUGCUCAUCCCUGCUGCAGCUGGAACCUACUGUGAAUGCAGCCUUGGCCUCAGCCGCGAGGCCCUCAUCGCCCUCCUGGUGGUGCUGGCAGGCGUCAGCGCCAGCUGCUUCUGUGCCCUCGUCAUCGUGGCAAUUGGCGUCUUGCGGGCCAAGGGUGAAACAUGCCCGAGACUACAGAACAACAGGUUGGUGGAGAAUUUUGGGGUCCAGGAAGAUCGCAUGGACCUGCAUCCAGUAUAUGUGGAGUCCCAGCUCUUGGACACUGACCUGGAGGUCUCCGUGAUGCCCCCACUGGAGGAUGAGAGCCUCGUGGCCAUCUCCAUGGAGGCUACCCCAGAGCCGCCGCCACCCCCACCCCUACCACCUGAGUAGGGCUGAGGCAGCGGGGGGAGGGAAAUAAACCGUAUUUAGUGGU